CCAGAGAGCGGCCAGAGGGUCGCCGAACACGACCGCUCUCUUUCCUGGAUCCGCGAGCAACUUUCUUGCGGCCCAUAAUGUUAGAUGAAAUCCGAGAUGAAAUCCUCAGCUCCAGCGUUUGUUCAAGAGCGUGCGCGCGUGCGCGCUCGCACAGCUUCCGGUUUUGAGGGGAGUCAGUUCCGGCUGUCACUCACGUGACCGUGAGACCCUAGGAGCAAUGGCGGGGCGGCUGGCUGGCUUCCUGAUGUUGCUGGGGCUCGCGUCGCAGGGGCCCGCGCCGGCAUGUGCCGGGAAGAUGAAGGUGGUGGAGGAGCCUAACACAUUCGGGCUGAAUAACCCGUUCUUGCCCCAGGCAAGCCGCCUUCAGCCCAAGAGAGAGCCUUCAGCUGUAUCCGGGCCCCUGCAUCUCUUCAGACUUGCUGGCAAGUGCUUUAGCCUAGUGGAGUCCACGUACAAGUAUGAAUUCUGCCCUUUCCACAACGUCACCCAGCACGAGCAGACCUUCCGCUGGAACGCCUACAGCGGGAUCCUUGGCAUCUGGCAUGAGUGGGAAAUCAUCAACAAUACCUUCAAGGGCAUGUGGAUGACUGAUGGGGACUCCUGCCACUCCCGGAGCCGGCAGAGCAAGGUGGAGCUCACCUGUGGAAAGAUCAACCGACUGGCCCACGUGUCUGAGCCAAGCACCUGUGUCUAUGCAUUGACAUUCGAGACCCCUCUUGUUUGCCAUCCCCACUCUUUGUUAGUGUAUCCAACUCUGUCAGAGGCCCUGCAGCAGCGCUGGGACCAGGUGGAACAGGACCUGGCAGACGAACUGAUCACACCACAGGGCUAUGAGAAGUUGCUAAGGGUACUUUUUGAGGAUGCUGGCUACUUAAAGGUCCCAGGAGAAACCCAUCCCACCCAGCUGGCAGGAGGUUCCAAGGGCCUGGGGCUUGAGACUCUGGACAACUGUAGAAAGGCACAUGCAGAGCUGUCACAGGAGGUACAAAGACUGACGAGUCUGCUGCAACAGCAUGGAAUCCCCCACACUCAGCCCACAGCUCCCCAUAGGUGCAAUCGCAGCAGAGCAUCUGCGGAGUGACCCAGGACUACGUGGGAACAUCCUGUGAGCAAGGUGGCCACGAAGAAUAGAAAUAUCCUGAGCUUUGAGUGUCCUUUCACAGAGUGAACAAAACUGGUGUGGUGUAGACACGGCUUCUUUUGGCAUAUUCUAGAUCAGACAGUGUCACUGACAAACAAGAGGGACCUGCUGGCCAGCCUUUGUUGUGCCCAAAGAUCCAGACAAAAUAAAGAUUCAAAGUUUUAAUUAAUUCCAUACUGAUAAAAAAUAACUCCAUGACUUCUGUAAACCAUUGCAUAAAUGCUAUUGUAAAAAAAAUUAAACAAAUGUUAACAACUUUAACAAUUCACUAAAGUAAAUGGUUAUGUAUUAUAAAUAUGACCAUCUGGGUUAAGAAGAUUCCAUUCACAUAACAUUCUCAACUAAUUUCUGAGAACAAAUGAACACAAAGGCUUCCAUAAGUUAAUCCACAUGCGCAUCCAUACUGGGGGAAGGCCUGCCAACCAGGUACACAAGACUCUGACACUACCAUAUACUGUUACUAUUCAACACUAGAGAGUUAGACGACAACAGGCAUCAGGACAGUGGUGGGUCCCAGUUCCUAGACCCAUGGCCCCACCUCCAUUACCCACACACGGGCCUUAAGGCUCUCUCUCCCCUUCUUGGCCCUUCCCACCCAGGGUAGAUCCUAGAAGCCUCAGCUCCUAAGAGGUCUGGAAUGGAUGGGAAAAGUGGCCCCUUCUGGGACGUUCUUUGGUCCUCCCCUGCACACCUGUCCUCAGAGCUCAGCCUGAUUCCAGAAGAGCAGAUGCUCAGGAAAGCUCCCCGCAUGGGAUGGGACCCAGGGUGCACUACCGCCUGCCUCCCCAGCCAUCACAACAGCCCCAGAACUGCCCAGCCCCAGCCUGGAAUGUCAGCCCAGGAGGAGUUAACCAGAGUAGCUUACAUACAAUCUAAAGCUUAAUGUAACUGUAUACAACUUGAAAUUGUCCCGAUGAGCUAUCAAUCACAAACACUGUCCUGUUACCACAGAGACCAAAAGCCUGACAUGGGAAACAGUUCAUAAAUAUGAAUAAAAAUAAACAAUCUUAAACCAUGAUAACAGUAGCACAAAAUACACAUGAUCUAGGUACUGAGCUAAUAAAUCAUUAUCACUAUAAUUACAAACAAAAGUCACUGAAAUCAGGUCAAUAGUUACCUUAUUAAGUAGUGGGCUAGCUGUGGAAUGUUGAAGAUCCAUUUCCUUUAAAAUGAUAUAGGUCUUUUCUAUCAGUUUGUCUUAUAUUAAAAAAUGCUUUUAAAUUUCCUACUAUAUUAAAUACAUUCUAAUUUGGUCACUGAUAAAAAUGUUUUAUAUCUAGUCACUUUGCACUUAAAAAAUGCUAUUAAAAGUCUUUGGCAAAGCCAUGGGGAAGGAGAACCACUUCGAGGCCUGGGCAGAACCUGUAGGUAGGAUACCUACCCUGUUCUAGGUCUGCCACCAUGGGAGGGGUCACCUGGACAGAUGUCUCCUCCCUAGAUUUCCAGGAACAGUCCCAGUCUUUAUGGUAGAGAGCUGAAGUCACCACCCUCGAUACAGUCUCAGCAGAAUUUGAGCCACAGACCAGAGGCCAAGCUGUGAGCAGCAGCCACAUUCACCUUGGAAACUGAUGGGUGAACUGUAGCAGAGCUGUGUUUGCUGGUCCUGUGAUGAAUUCUAUUACUAUCUGGCUGUGCAGCUCAGGUACCAGAUGUGUGCCAAGACUGUCCUGGACUCGUGCCUCUGGGCCCCUCUGGAUCAGCUGGAGGUGAGGGUGGUCACAGGUGCAGCAGACUGCAGUCUCAGGUUCGCAGCCCCUUGUUCAGCACAAGCUGGGGUGCCCCAGGCGACUCAGAGGUUACAAAGCACCGUUGCCAUUACAGACGAUAAGACAUCAGAGCACAGCUCCUUCCAGUAGAUCUUGGACUCCUCUGAAUGUCUGACUCUUUUGCUGUGUUUUUCAUUAGCAUGAAAUUGUCUUUCAAGGGAGAAGAAAAAAACCAAAUGAACCAAUUCCUUCACUUCUCUUGCAAGGCACAGGCACUUGGAAGUGGCCACGGAUCACAUAAGUGCGCGACAGAGCUCUGGAUAUCACUCUAUGAUACUGGAAUAUAAAACUCCACACACAUGUGCACCUGCACAUGUUUAGGAAAAUUAGUUCCUUCCAUAAAAUUAAGAACAUCUAAAUGUAUAUGUCUUUCAAUAACCACUCUCUGCUUAUAAAUACUAUUUGUUUGCACUUAAUUUUAAAAUGUAAAAAUUCUAGUGCUUCACUACUAGAUAAAUGUUCCUUUCCUAAAUA